CCCAAUAAUGGUUACCAUUCCAUGUUAUAUAAAUAUAUCCACACAUAGGUUGACAUUAUUAAUUCAAAACUCAUCCUUGCAAUAAUAUCUCACUUCCAUUGUAAUUUUAUAUAGCCAUCUUUGUCUUAAUUUUUCACAUGAUGAAUGAGCUUGCUUGCUUAAUGGAUUGGGAUUUGGAAGCAAUUGUCAGAGGAUGCAACAACGGUGAAGCCUCAGCAACCACCAUGAUGGACCAUCAGGAUCAUAACUUUUCUCAUCAUUUCUUCUCUGAACAAGAUGAGCUUCUUGGCUUUAAUUUUCCUGAAUUCUCAGAAGCAACGUGUGUCCUUGAUGAAUUGGAAGAGCUUUACAAACCUUUCUACCCAGUUUUGCACCCUCUGAAUUCAUUACAGAGUACCAUAGUCACAAGUUCCCUACCUAUCCCAAAAGAAGUCAAAGAACUUAAAGCAUCAUCAUCAGAGAAAGCAGCUUCACAAGAUUUGCAAGUUCCCUCAGUAUCUAAAUAUAAAAGAGGCAAGAAAAACCAGAACAAGAGUGUGGUGAAGAAACAAGUGAAGGGAGGUGAUGGUCUUGCUGAUGAGUGGGCUUGGCGUAAAUAUGGACAGAAACCAAUAAAGGGUUCCCCUUAUCCUCGAAGCUACUACAGGUGCAGCAGCACCAAAGGAUGCUUGGCAAGGAAACAAGUUGAAAGGAGCCAUUUGGAUCCUGCAGUUUUUCUAGUUACCUACACAGCAGAACACAAUCAUUCCCAGCCAGCAAGGAAAAACUCAUUAGCAGGAACCACAAGGAAUAAGAACAUUUCCCAAAACACAUGUUCCUCAAAUUCCUCAUCAUCAGCAGUAACUCACUCUCCAAUAAGGACACCCAAUUUGGUUGUUGUGGCCUCAUCCAACAUUAAAGAUGAGGUUGGGACAAGAGUGCAACAAAGUGAUAAGGGUUUGGAGAAAGAGGAAGAUUUUCUUGAGUGGUUAGAUGGUGAUGCUGGAGGUGCUACAUUUGGUGAUGGUUGGAUCCCAAGCUCAGAGCUUGAGGAUCUCAUAGGAUUUAAGUACCAAGAACUUGUAGAUGGCUGUGAUUUCACUGAUGGUUCUGAUGAUCGAUGACAUGUUUGAAUCAACUUCUUUUUUAUCCAAAUCAGUUUUAAAAUUAGCAUAGGGGCCAGAAGCUUCUUCCCUGAUUCUGACUUCAGAGUCAAUUCUAAAAUAAUUUCCAAACAUGUACUUAGUUCCUUGGCCACAUGCAUGUGGAUUAUAUUUCAUUUUCUUGGAUUGUAUAAAAGUAGAAUAGAAAAACAUGCAUGACAUGCAUAUAGCCAUUAUUGGUCCUGUGCAAACAAUUGUAUCAACAAAACCUGUGCUACACUGGUUUUUUAAGCAUUGAAAAAGUUGAGUUAAGGAUUUAUUCUCACAA